GUCUGUGUUUGCUCGCCUAUCAGCGCGCUUAACGCCGCCGUGUUUCAGUGGAGGCUGACUUUAGGGAAAAGACACACUUGGCCGUACUGUCAAUCACAAUUAAGGAAGCAUGGGAAUAAACUGCUAGGGGAGCUCGGUGUCAGCGCGGUGUUUACGUCCAAAGGUUGGUAGUUCGACCAUUAUGCGGCCGUCCGCCGUGGGACGUUUGCAGCCGACCUCGCCAACUGGGAAUUCUGGCUCCACUCUGGACUGGAUCUAACAUGGGACGUUUCAUAUAAAUACAAACAAAACUUCAACUGGCUUCCUUUUUUUUUUGGUCGCUUUUAGCGUUUUAAAGUGCGCGAUUUUAGCGUUUUUCUUCGACCGAGGAGGAGUAGGAGGAGGGGGAUUGCGCUCACUCCGAGCGUGGGAAACUGCGUGGAUUUGACUACAACUCAGUGGGAAUCUGUUGUGUUCAUUUCUGAGAAACUACCCUGCUGUCGGCGAGGCGACUUUUUUCUUUUUUUUUUAAUUUGGAAGGCAGGCGGACGGAGACACUCCCCAGAACAGGCAGAGCCGAACGGCCACCGAGCGCCGGGAGUCCGGGCAGCGGGCAGCAGAGAUGAGCGGGGGAGAGGUGGUGUGCUCGGGCUGGCUGCGCAAGUCUCCUCCUGAGAAAAAGUUGAGACGUUACGCAUGGAAGAAGCGGUGGUUUGUUCUCCGCAGUGGGCGAAUGACAGGCGACCCCGAUGUGCUGGAGUACUACAAGAAUGACAAUGCCAAGAAGCCCAUCCGAGUGAUCGAUCUGAACUUAUGUCAACAAGUGGACGCUGGGCUGACGUUCAGGAAGAAAGACCUGGAGCACAGCUUCAUAUUCGACAUCAAGACGAUCGACCGCGUUUUCUACCUGGUGGCCGACACCGAAGAAGACAUGAAUAAGUGGGUGCGCAACAUCUGCGACAUCUGUGGUUUUAACCCUACUGACGAAGAUGUUGCAAAAAAUGUUCAGCAGUCGGCGGCUGUCGUGGACUCCCCCCCGCACCCCGGCAACAUGGUGGGUCCUGCAGCGUUGGUGCUGACCGCCAUCCCUCCUCCGUACCAGCCGGUCAGCGUGCGACACCUAGACUCUCAGUCCAGUUCAGAGGACCCCCAGGAUUACCUGUGGCUCGCCAACUGUGAGAGCAAAAAGCCCGAACCCAACAGCUCGGUGGAGCGUCAGUCUCCAUGCGAGGGCGACCAGGAGUAUUUGCUCCUGGAGGAGUGUGAGAGCAGGACUCUACCUCCACAGACUAGUCUAUCCCACGCCGAGUGCUCCAAGUCUACCUCCUCAGAGACGGACCUGAAUGACAACCUCCCAUCCCACCGCACGCCCACAUCCGCCGCUUCCUUACACAAACACACCUCGCACAAUGGCUUCUUCCCCCAGCACCAGCCCCCGGCCUCCGCCCCUUCCUUCUACGACUCGCCUCCGUCGCGCGGCGCCUCGCUCUCGUCCGACGCCGGCAUCUACCACCUCCCUCGCAGCUACUCGCAGGACACCGUGCUGCUCCCCAAGUCGGCCGCGUCCCCGCCGCCCAACCCGGACGGCGGGGACGCGUCGGAACUUUACGUCUUCAACACCCCGUCGAGGAAGACGUCGUGCGUGGAGACGCACAUGCGGAACCUUUCCAUCAGCUACGACAUCCCGCCCACGCCCGGCGCCAACUCCACCUACCAGGUCCCCCGCACGCUGUCCUCGUCGACGGGGGUGGGGGGGUCGGAGAGCGCCGGGGAUGUGGUCCCCCCUCCCAGACCACCCAAACCGUCGCUCAGCUCCUCCUCGGGGCUGCCGCCGCCCCCCGCCGAGCGCUCGCCCACAGACAACUACCACGUGCCUCGCUCCGCCUCAGAGACGGACGGGAAUUACUGCGUGCCGACCGGCGCCGGCAACAAGGCUUUACGCAGCAACACCAUCGGCACCAUGGACUGCUCGCGGCUCCGCAGAGAUUUUGGAUCCCAGGACUUCUAUGACAUUCCCAGAUCAUUCCCCUCAGACAAAAGUUGUUCGUUUGACUUCAACGAAAGCUUCAACAGCUACUUUGACUCACAGAAGAACAAAGGGAUGAUCCCGGUGAGCAGCCACUCCAUGGAGGAGGUGGAGCAGAACUACGUCCCCAUGAGCGUCAACUCGCCGUCGCACCACCACUCGGGCAGCCUGCCGGAGCCCAUGCAGGACACGAACUAUGUGCCCAUGACCCCCAGCACCAUGGAGUUCUCCUCCCUGGGCAAGCAGGUGCCCCCGCCCGCCCACAUGGGCUUCCGCUCCAGCCCAAAGACCCCUCCCCGCCGGCUGGUGCCCAGCGAGUGCCAGCCGCCGCCCGUGGACCGAAACCUCAAGCCCGACCGUAAAGGUCAGAGUCCUAAAAUAAUAAGAGCAAAGGUUGUCGGUUUAGAGCGAACCGACUCUCAAACCGUAGGUGAAUUCCCGAGGGGACGACGUAAGGGAAAACCUGCCCCGUUAGAGAUCAAACCGCUACCAGAGUGGGAGGAGCCAUGCACACCUGUCCGCUCACCUGUCACACGCUCAUUUGCUAGAGAUCUCUCUAGGUUUCCAAUGCCGGCGAGACCCCCGUCAGUGCAGAGCACGGCCUCCAGCACUGACUCCGAGGACAUUGCAGAGAAUUAUGUAGAAAUGGACCCUAAUAUGCCCACAGAUGAACCAAUAAUGAUGAUGGUCGCGCCCCUGCCUGUGGUCGGCGGGAGUAGCCCGACGGUGAAGCCCAAAGGAGAUAAACAGGUGGAGUACUUGGAUUUGGAUCUUGAAUCUGGGAAGUCUACCCCACCUCGGAAGAUGAAAAACAACGGGAGUGGCAUCUCUGCGUCGGACGAGCGUGUUGACUAUGUGGUUGUGGACCAGCAGCGCACGCAGGCCCUGAAGAGCACCAGGGAGGCGUGGAGCGAAGAUCGGCAGCUCACAGAGACCGACACGCCCUCCAAGGUGCCGAAGUGAGCCUGGUCCGGACCACAAAGCCACUUCCUGAAGCUGCGGUCUGCCCAGGCCGUGGACACUUGUCCCAGAAUGAGACUCAAAGCCCAGGAGAACGCCGCGUGUCCGUCUGGACGCGCUACGCCGGCCAUCAAUAAGCUUUAUGCCGCACGAAAGCAGGCAGAUGAACUGAACUUGUCUUUCUGGGGUUUGACUUAAACAGACUAUGAACUUUAAACAUUCACUGCCUUCGAUGAGGAAUAAGGGCUAUUUUCCCCUCGUCUGUCCGUACGCCUCAAGGCAAAUCCACAGUUAACAUUUCCUUUAAUUGUAAAACUGUUUGGCGUCGCUUUGACGUGUAAAUGAAAUCACUCGAUAACAUAAUCACGAUUCUUCGGCAAACGCAACACUACUAAAUAGCGGCGCUGGUUAACAGUGUUGAAUUUUCAGUUUCUGGUGUUUUAUGCAGGGGGGAGGUUUUAAUCGACACUAUCUUACGUUUUUUUUUUUUGUUUUAAUAUUUACGUCAAAUACACGGUGCCUUGCAGAAAAUAUUCAUAACCCGUGAACUUUUUCCACAUCCUGUCGCACCGAACCACAAACCUGAACGUAUUUCAUGAGGCUCUGAUUAACCAACACAGAACUGGUGCGUAAGCGUGGAUCUCUGCAGCUCCUCCAAAGUCAGUUGGACCAAACGGUGCUUGAGAUGUUCGUUAUUAUGACUUUAUGACCUAAACCUUUUACCUCGGAGCCUUCUGCUGUGUUCUUCGGUCUUCAUGGCACCGCUUGUCCUCUUAUGUUCUCCAACAAACCUCUGAGGGCUAAAUUAAGUGUCUCCUGAAAGCAGUUGACUGCACUGGAUGUAAUUCAGGCCCAUUAGUGUACAGGGAGUGGAAUAAAAAUGCACUCCACACUUUUCAGAUAUUUUAUUUGUAAACUAAAAAAAUAUUUUUUUUGGAAACUUUGAUCCGCUUUACAAUUAUG